UGUAUGCACUGUUCAGUCAUAUCUGUAGACUGCCAGAUAAUUAGAUGGCUAAAGAACUAUUUUUUUUUUUAAAGAAAGCAAACGAUACAUAAACACAUUUUGGUGCUGGGCAGCUGAAUGUAUUGUAGUCUUACAAGACCUUAUUUAUAUGAAUUCAAGUGAUUGUAUGAUUCUCUUUUUGAAACAAUCCCUCUGAGCUUCAGAGAAAACUGCAAAACACCAAAAACUCGAGUGACUUCUUCAAGAAAAAAUGACAGAAAUCCAUGCAGAUCUGAGGAUUGCACUGCUGGGUAACAGAGGAACAGGGAAGAGUUCUGCUGCAAACACCAUUCUGGACAGAGAUGCAUUUCGAGUACAAUUCUCUGCACGUGCUGUCACUCAAAGUUGCGAGAGAAGACGACGAGAAGCGGAUGGAAGGACCAUCUCAGUGAUUGACACUCCAGGACUGUUUGAUACAUCAUUGACUAAAGAGCAACUGGAGGCUGAAAUGGAGAACCUCGCUCGCAUGUCUGAUCCUGGUCUUCAUGCGUUCCUGCUGGUCAUCAGACUGGAUGUUGGACUCUCAGAUAAGGAGAAGAACAUGCUGAAAUGGAUUCAGAAGUACUUCGGAAGAGACGCUACACGCUACACCUUCAUUCUGUUCACUCAUGCUGAUCAGCUGAAUGGUGAACCUUUAGAUGAUUUCGUCAUGGAAAGUCUUAGUUUUCGGUCAUUGAUUCGCAGCUGUGGUGGCAGAUAUCACUCAUUCAACAAUGUGGACAGAGAGAAUCGAGAUCAGGUCACAGAGCUGCUGGAGAGGAUUACAGAUAUCAAUAAGGAGUGUCACUUUACUUUAAAGAUGUUUAAAAUGGCCCAGAAUGACAGACAUGCGAAGGAAGUUUCAUUAAUAGUGGCAGCAUUUGGAACAAUAUUAGGACUGGGAGGAUUUCUGGCUUCUGGAGGGUUAAACUGGCUCCUAGUUUUCGUAUGUUCAAAACCAGUUCAACAAGUGGGAGACUGAAAGACCAUGAACGUGAUGAAGGAUUUCAAAGAAUAAUUUCAAGCAAUAAUGGAAUCACAACAUGAAGGUCUAUCUAUCUGUCUAUCGGUCUAUCUGUCAACUAAAAUGCCAACCAAUUUUAACCAGCGUUAUAAACAAAGACAGCACAUUCAUAAGAGAUCUGAGGAUUGCAGUGCUUGGUAAUACUGGAUCGGGAAAGAGUUCAACUGCAAACACCAGUCAAUUUCUCCCCACUUGCCAUCACUCAAACUUGUGAGAGAAAAAAAGGAGAAGUGAAUGGAAAAA